UAACUAUUUCUAUAAAUAAACUCCUCGCCCGGAAGUUGGAUUCUCGUCGAGAAGAUGAAAACAACAAGGCCGUAGGCUAGGUCAUCGUACUGUAGCUUUUGGUAGGCCUCGUCGUAAAGUAGAUCAAGAGGCUAGAGCUAGAUCUAGAUCUAGAACAUUGGUGAAUUGUAUGCUGACUGCAGGAGCGAGAUCAAGAUUGUCAGCUUCUCAGUUUUUCUCUGUUGAAGCCCAAGGCUGGCGCUUUACCUCAAAUUGUGAUGAGCUCUGUAGAAAAGCCUUGUGGGGGAACGACAGCUUGGCAUGAUGAGUUCAGCAGACAUUUUACCGUUUGAUCAUCAGUUUGUCCUGGGAAAGUCCCCAUAUUUUCUUCAUGACCUUGAAGAUGUUCUUAGUUACGAAGAGGAAAAUGAUUUUGGUAGUCACAAUGAAAAUUUCUUAGAUUAUGAGGUAAACGAUGUGGAAGGUUCAACCUCUCUUUUAUCAGUGGAUCCCCCUGAUGAAACCACGAAAAAAAAAGUUAAAUUAAAGGAAUUUCAAGCAAGCUUGGAGCAUGGACAAGAUUCACUACCUGUCAGUAGUAAUAUGUAUAGCUCGAGCUCUGUCAGACAGCCUGAUAUUUUAAAAAGUGUCAAAAGAAAACAACCAUCUAAAGCUAGUUGUGUAAGAAGAAAGAAAACUGAAUCCCAGCCAAAGAAAAAAGCACAUUCGAAGAGAAAGGGAAAGAAGACAAAGACAGUAUCUGAGAGACAAAACGACGACAAAGUAAAAGCUAAUAAUAGUAAGGUCAAACAGAGCAAUUUGUCCGAAAAGUCUUGCCAGAAACCUAUGGUUUUGACUGAGGAGACUGACCUUAUUUUAGAACACAACAGAUCACAGCAAGCUUCAGGGUUGAAGAAACCCUUAGCCAUCCAGUCAGUGCCCGCUGCUUCUGCUGACUUGUCAGUUUCUGUUGUAACAACGUGUGCACCUUCUACCACAUCAGUCUUGUUAGCAAUGAUGGGGGAGGCUGUCAGUGCACCAAAGUAUACUUCUUCUGCAUCGGACUCUGUGUCCCCCUUUGACAUUCCCAGCUGCCCCACUCGCAGCUCAUGGCCUAUGCUGAGAGAGCUCAUCUCCAGUCCAACACAGGCCACAGUGUCUAUAAGCCGAGCACCUAGGCAGACACUGAGUACUGUUCACAUGGAGCCCCUCGCAGUAGAGGAACCAGCUCCGAGUGUGGUGUCUAAAUUGGAAAAGGAAAUCAAGUGUGUUUGUAAGUUCAACAAAGGUAAACCAUGCUGGCUGCUCUUUGAUGAGGAAAGGCUUCGUAAAGAACGACUACAUCACCUCAAACUAAAACGAGAGUCGCUGGACCUGGUUAUUUUGGCGAAGAUUGCUGCCAACAUCAACCGGGAAGAAAAAGUGAAGAAGAGUCAAAAGCGGGAGAGACAGAGAUGCAGAUUGUGUUAUUAUCAUGAAAGUAAAAAAAUUUGUCGUGAGACUUUCCUGUUCAUUCAUGGCAUCUGUAAAGGAAGGCUGUGUGCCCUGAUGAAACAUUACAAACAAGAAGGCAUUAGUGCUAGAGUUCAUGGGAACAAAGCUAACAUUCCACAUCAUGCUCUUUCUAAUGAUGACAGUGAGAGAGUGCUUGAUUUCAUCAAGGAAUAUGCUAACAAACAUUGUGUAUCUCCUUUUGGUCACACCUCGGGCAGCAAGACAAGCAGAGGCCUGGUGGUCAUGUCCCCCUCUCAGUCCAAAUUGUAUGUCCAUCACAAGUACAAACUAUGGUGUGCCAAGAACAGCUUGAGAGCUGUAUCUCUUAGGUCUUUUCAGAACUUGUGGGGCAAGCAUCUCCCAUAUAUUGUGGUGCUGAGAGGAAGCAACAAAGUGCCUGUUCCUGAGCCGGGCUCAGAGGCAGCAAUUCAGGAACUUAAUGAGAACUCUAUUGCUGACUCCUCUGACCCUUUACCUUCCAGUUGUGAGCCUGCUGUCUUGGGAGAUAGUGCCACUCUUGCUGCUGAAACAUCUUCUGAUUCUGUAAUUGAUGAUUCUAAUAUUUUGAAAAUUCCUAGUAUUUCCACUUACAGCACAGACAAUAAGAAGAACGAUACUGACAGCACUGAUUCGGGUGAUGAGAUUUUUUAUAAUAGUAAGAAAAAUAACAAACGGAAAGCUUUCCCACCCCGCAAGAUAGAUUCUUUUGAAAGCUUUCAGUUGGCACCGAUGAGCACACAAGACCUAAGCUCACACCAGCUGUUUGACACACGACACAUUCCGAUGCAGAGUGAUUCUGACGUUGCCCCAGGGCUAAAUGACCGGGCUGAUGAUGAUAUGAAUCACACACUUGAUGCGAAGGCAUCAAGUCAUCAAAGUGAAAAAGAAGGCGUUUUUCAGCAACACUCGGCUUUCAGCAGUGACCCUCUCAUUCCAACUUGCACAACUGCUGCAGCCACGACCCAAGUCCUCCAUCAUCCGUCCGAAGUGGCCAUGGGUUUUCACAGCUGCUCCAGUAACCCAGUGAUGCUGGCUUCGAACAGAGAUGUCUUGUGUGCCUACGUCAGCAAGUCCCCAGUACAUGUUGAUGUUGUGAAGACAUCCAGCAUACACCCAGCUUUUUACAUCCAGCAAAAUCCACAGCUGUUUGACACUUUCUCCAUGCAAGGAGCAGACAGACUAGGGGUGACUUUGGCCACCCCCAAUGGACUAUCAGAUCCAUCACAGACAGUGCUACUACCGUCCCACCAAACUUCAGAACUUCAUGAUGUGCAUCCACUGGACUGGCAAACAUGGCAGUCUUUCUGAUCCAAGCUUUAGACAUGAACGAAUAUUGGAAAAUGUUUUUCUGUGCCUAUUUCAUUCUGCUGCGGAUUGGUGAUGGUAAUGUAGAUGCUUUUUAAUAGCUUUUUUUCCCUGUUCCUCAGACAUGUGUCAGGUCAUGGAGGGAUCAUUUUUUUGGACAUACUGUUGAACAUGUGUAAGACAUAAUGGCAAGGGAGCCAGAAAAAAAUUUUGUCUUAGGCAGGGGUAUUAGG